AUGACGACCUCCAUCUUGUCGUUAUGUUUUCUGUUUGCAAUAGCUCUAGGCAAUGUAGCAAACCGAACAACCACCCAAACCCACAAUAAGAAUGAUGGCCACAAUCACACCGUAAGGGCGAAUUUCUCUAAUACUGAGAUUGAGGAAAUCGCUGACGAAGGUUGGGAUUAUGAGAACACAACAAUCAUAGAUACAAGGAGAAUUUUGUACAGCAAGAGAGUUGGCAUUGGAAGGCGGCCUUAUAUGGUAUAUCUCCAACUAACAAAAGAAUCAGCUAAAGCCCACAAAUAUCGAGGCUGGCUCUGCGGAGGAGUCAUCGUCCAUCCUUCUUAUGUCCUGACGUCGGCAGCAUGUGUGGAAGACGCUGAUCAUUUCUACAUUGUCUCUGGCACCACCAAGUUUGUAGAUAGCUUUGAUUACAAGAACGAUGAAUGUGUUUGCAAGCACAGACGGAAAGUUGUUUGGAAGUGUAUACCUAAAAAUUAUAAAUUCGACUUCCACGACAGUAUAAAAUGGUCAGCCAACGAUAUAGCCAUAGUUAAAGUCGACAAGGCAUUUAAACUGGGCGUUCUUGAGAAUGGCUGUGAGUUUGCGACCGAUAUUGUAUGUUAUAACAAUGUUAGUAGAGAACUGGAGAAGUCUGGAACUAAAGGAUUCAUCGCUGGCUGGGGCAGUGGCAAUCAGUUUAGAGAGGGUGUAUAUCGUCGUGAGAGCGUACAUAUACCAGAAAACUCGAAAUAUCUGCAAGAAGCUAAAGUGUGCAUUAUGGACAACGAGCAGUGCGCCAAGAAAUGGGCUCAAAGAUUCAGGAGCAUCAUCACACAGUACAUGAUCUGCACUAAGGAUGUUAUGAAGCGGCUCAGCGAAAUCUGUGAUAAAAAAUACGCAAACUGCACGGAUGUGGAGUCGAGGCGGCAUUUGGAAGAACCUUCAGAAGACCUGCAAUCAGUGCAUGUAGACUUGGGUAGGCACCUGCGGGACCCUGACGAUUAUACAGCCCGCCGCUCUAACAAGCAGGGUGGCUUUUGUGAAAAUGAUCAUGGAGGUCCACUGCUAGUUAGAUAUCAAGGCAAAGAUCGAGUGGUGGGAGUAAUAUCUGCUUGCAAAAUAGAUCCAAAGUCCCACAGCUGUCAUGGACCCUUCCUCUAUACCAGCGUUUUCAGAAACCGCCAGUUCAUUUCUUGUUCUAUUAACAAGGACGUUGAAGAAAAUUGUAGGCGAGUGUUCCGGUCUGGUAUUACGCAUGAAGAAUGGGAUGUCAAUUGGGAUAACGUGGAAGAGGAUGAUGAUAACAAUAGAGCUGGCAGUUCGGACAAUGAUAAAGCGGAUGAAAACAGCGAUGAUGAUAGAGACGCAUUGAGGGAAGAAAGUCCAAAAAAGAAGCAAGCGAAGACCAAAAUUGACUCAGGCGAAGCAACAGACGACGAAGAUGAAAAACAGACACCCAAACCGAAACACUCGAAAAAGGAGGAACCUAAAGAAAAGCAUACCAAGUCCAAGAGUAGACCAAAAAGCAAAAAAGGUAAGCGACGAGGGAAGGACAAGAGGAAUUCUAACUCGAAUCGAUCACAGAUAAAAGCCGCGUCUUACGAGUCAAGCCGAGACGAUAAUGUAAACGAACCAGAUGAGGAAUGA